AUGUCGACCACUACUAUCCCGAUACCUCGCGACCCAACCGAUGACGAAGCUCUUGCCCUGUUCAAGGCCAUAGAGGAGAAGUUCCCAUCGCAGUCACUUGGAGAUGACAAGUGGUAUGUUCUUCUGCUCGCGGCGAUGGUAGGCGGCGGGCAGCCGGGCUUCGCGCCUCUGCUCUACAAGGAACUCAUCAAGCGACCCGAAUGCCAAACACCUGAAAAGCGUCAGGCGUUGAUGCGGAGGAUACGAGAGACACUGUUCAAGCUCAUCGUCAUCGUGGGCGUGUGCAAGCCGUUGGAAGCCAUCUUCGACAUCGAUGCCAUCACGAGGCCAGAGGACAAGGAUUAUACAUUCUCUAGUAUAGAUUGGACGAGCAAGCAAAUCACCUACGGCCUCUAUCUAUCCGAUCACAGCAUCCUCAACGACGUCGAGACCGAGCUCACCGUACUCAGCGGCAUCAUGAUACAAAAUCUGCCGAGAGAGACAGCCUGGCAUUUGCGCGGGACAAGGCGCAUCGGUGUCAGUAAGGAGGACGUGGAGACAAUUCAGCAAUGCAUCGAGCUUGUCGCCAGCUUCUGUGGCUUGCGGUUACAUAGGGUGCCAAGGGUCGCUGACAUUGAGCAUGAAGUCUGA